AAGAACGAAAAAACUUCCGGUUGAUCAGUUGACGGUUCAUUCGCGUUGUUUUGCUAGGUACAUAGCUAGCUAUCUAACGACGUCAUUUAGAGUGGCUAGCUUGCUAGCGGGUGAAAUUGAUGUUAUACAGUGGUUAAGUUUUAUAUUUAAUGUGUUCCUCGUAGAUUUUGAGAGUGAUAUAGUUAGACAAAUUUGACCAAUCGUGAUACCAGGGAGCUGUCACUCCUAUUUAGCUCUCAGGCAGCAUGACUUCUCGCCGUCCGGACAAUUUCGAUGGCUUAGGUUACAGGGGUAGGGAGGAUCCUGCUUUCAGUGGGGGCUACAGUGGAAGGUCAUUUAAUAAUUCCUCUAGCGUUGACCUACAGAAUUGGGUAACAACACCGCCAGAUAUUCCAGGUAGCCGAAAUUUGCAUUUUGAUGACCGUACGCCCCCAUUUGAGGCGGCCCCUGCAGCGCCUGGUACUCAAGAUACCCUGCCCACGGCUCCUCCAUCCGAGCAGUUGAACAGAUUUGCUGGAUUUGGUAUCGGGCUUGCAAGUCUCUUUACUGAAAAUGUCCUGGCUCACCCUUGCAUUGUGUUUCGUCGUCAGUGCCAGGUCAAUUAUCAUGCCAGGUGCUACCAUCUGUCCCCAUUGACUGCUGUCAGUGUGAUGUAUAAUGUCACCAAGAGUCAGGGUCCUAAGGCCUUAUGGAAAGGAAUGGGCAGCACCUUUGUGGUACAAGGAGUCACAUUGGGCACAGAAGGCAUCAUUAGUGAAUGUACUCCACUACCACGGGAACUCUCCCACAAAUGGAACCCCAAGCAAGUUAUUGGACAUUUGGUUCUGAAAGGUUUGACCUAUGUGGUUGCCAUGCCAUUUUACUCAGCUAGUCUCAUUGAAACUGUGCAGAGUGAGAUCAUCCGGGACAACCCUGGCAUCCUGGAAUGUGUGAAGGAGGGUGUGGGCCGGGUCAUGGGCAUGGGCAUUCCCCACAGCAAGCGCCUGCUGCCCCUGUGGGGCCUCAUGCUCCCCACCGUGCUCCACGGCGUCCUCCACUAUGUGGUGAGCUCCACCGUGCAGAAGCUAGUGCUCUUCCUCCUGCGCCGGAGGAGCCCGGCAAAACAGCCCGAGGACGGCUCAGAGACAGUCCAGACCAUGCUGGACGCCUACUUCCCUGAACUCAUGGCCAGUUUCGUGGCCAGUCUGUGUGCCGACGUCCUCCUCUAUCCGCUGGAGACGGUGAUGCACAGGCUCCACAUCCAGGGCACGCGCACCAUCAUCGACAACACGGACCUGGGCUUUGAGGUCCUCCCCAUCAACACGCAGUACGAGGGUAUCAGGGACUGCGUGAAUGUGAUCCGGCGAGAGGAGGGAGCCCUGGGAUUCUACAAAGGCUUCGGCUCCAUCGUGGUGCAGUACUCGCUACACGCCGCCGUGCUGCAGAUCACCAAGGUGAUCUAUUCCACCUUGCUGCAAAACGCUUAAAGCAAAACAAUGGAAUAUAUUCCUAAAUGUUUUUUGGGCUGGUGGUUCCCCCUUUGAAACCUGUUUUUUUUUCUCACGUGAGUCAGGGUUGUGCUCACUGCAGAGAAUGUUGUCCUAAAAAAAAGAGGAAAAAAGGAAAAUACCAAAAGAUGACUUGUUUUUUUUCUGUCCAGAAGCACAUUUCAAGUGUUUGCUGGGAGUGGUGUUCGUCACGUAAUUGUCACCACUUCCACUGUGUCACAAAGUACUUAAUAUGUUCUAUAACGUAUGGCAUCAACAAAUAUCCCUAAUAGUCAUGGAAGUUAAGUGUAUAUUUCCUUUUAUCUGUCAAACAAACUCAUCCUGGCAUCAUUUAUGUGAAGUAUCAGUCAGUAGUCUUCUCUGCAAAUCAUGUUGACAUGCUUUCUCUGCGCUUUUCUGCUUUUGUAUGAAUGUGACAAUUUGUUGGUUUUGGGUUUGUGUUAGCACUAGCAGAUGAUGGAUUGUGCCAGAAAUGUAUGUACAGAAUGUCUUUAAAUUAUUCUUUGCUUUAGGAGUGAUAAUGUGUGUGUAGGUAUGUAUCAAGUUGUUCGCAUUUUGGCAUCCACAGAGUACAGUAAAUUUAGGAACAAUUUAAAGAUAUUUAGUACGAGACUAGGAACAUGAGCAGAUAAUGUAUAAUUUAUGCAGAUGGCUGAUUUGAGUUCAGGGAUUUUAAAUUAUUGAGCUGCCUCUAAGUGUUUAAGGACUUUACGGAGCUCAGAGUAGGGAAAUGUAUAAGAUCGCUUGAGAACCUUGCUGAAAAUAAAUGGCUGACUUAUA